AUGCAGAUGCAGCCACAGUCAUCGCAGCAGUCACAGAUGGCAAGCGGCACACCUCCCUCAAGUAUCCCAGGCUCUGCUCGCACUUCGUCAGAUCGCCCACGCCAGGCGGUCGUCUAUCCCUGGAGCCAACGGACACUCACCUUGAACCCUCCUCGUUUCCUGGAUGAGAGUCGGCAAGCGCCUCCAGGUGCUGUGAGCCCUUCACCCUUUCCACGUUACGGUCACGCCGGUAAUCAGAGUGCCAGCCCUUCUGGUGAAGUCUUCCUUUUCGGAGGCUUGGUCAGAGAGAGCGUCAAGAAUGAUCUCUACAUUCUGCACAUCGACCAAGUCAUUCAUGCUCCUUCAAGAGCUCCCCCUGGAGCGCCUCCUGGUGUCACGCCUGGCGGAGGAGUUAGUGCUACUCUGGUGCAGACAAGUGGAGAAAUCCCCCCUCCCCGAGUCGGACAUGCGACUGUCCUCGUCUCUAACGUACUGAUCCUUUGGGGAGGAGACACCAAAAUUCGUGCCGAAGACAAGCAAGAUGAGGGUCUAUACCUGUUGAACCUCGGCAGUAGAGAGUGGACACGCGUCAAGGCGGAAGGUUUGAACAAUGGGCCUGUAGGACGCUACGGUCACGUCGUCUCAAUCGUCGGCUCGCGCUUCUUCGUCUUUGGUGGUCAAGUCGACGGAACUUUCCUGAAUGAUCUCUGGGCGUUUGACCUCAACAGUCUCAAGAACACGCCUACUUGGGAGCUGCUCAAGACCAAUGGCGAUGUUCCUCCUCGCAGGACUGGCCAUGCCACAGUGACGUACAAGGAAAAGAUCUACAUCUUCGGUGGUACAGACGGACAGUACCACUACAACGACACGUGGUGCUACGAUGUUGCCGCAAACAGCUGGAAGGAAUUGUCUUGCAUCGGAUACAUCCCUGUGCCUCGUGAAGGGCACUCAGUGUGCCUGGUGGACGAUGUCAUGUACAUCUUCGGAGGACGAGGAGUCGAUGGACGCGAUCUCGGCGAUUUGGCAAGCUUCAAGAUCUCCAACCAGCGCUGGUACAUGUUUGCCAAUAUGGGCCCUGCCCCAAGUGGGCGGUCAGGUCACAUCCUCUCGACAUUCCAGAGCAAGUUAGUCGUGCUGGGUGGAGAGUCGUUUGCUGGCGGCCAAUCGGACGAUCCUCACAUCGUCUCGGUCCUCGACACUGUCAAGAUCAAGUACCCGCCCGAUAACCGAGGCGGGCGCAAGACAUCCUUGCAAGGACAAUCUGGUGCUCAGCCAAAUUCGCCGCAGGGAGCUGGCCCUAUUCAGGGCAUUGCUCCCAGAGGCAGCAUCGACACUGCUGAUCGAUCAAUCUCGCCCACUCAACGUAUUCUUCAAUCGUCUGCUGCACCGAAUGGCAUCAUCGCGAGGACGCAACAGCCAGAGACCACCGCAUCGUCGGGGCCGACUGCUACCAAAGGAGCUGCCCCUGCCCUCGAACCAUCACAUGUCCUUGCAUCUCCUAGCCGGACAGCACCUUCUUCUGAGCAACAAAGGAUCGUGAGAGACCAACGGACGCCGGGACAGCAGCAGCAGCCGGUCGUAAAUACCAUGAUUCCGCCUGCAGGCCAGAAUGCCAAUCAGAGAUCCGUCUCAUCGCCUGUUGGUUCUGCGCCGCAACCAGCAGCGCAAUCAGCAGUCGGUCAAAGUCCGAUGUAUACUGGUCCACGAGGUCAGCGCUCGAUUGAGAAUAUGCGUUCAGUCUCAGGCAAUGGGUUCCAGCGUGGAGAAUUGGAAGCCCUCAGGAAGCGCAACGCCUGGAUGAAGGCUGCCCUUCUCCUUGCUCAGAAGAAAGGCUUCGUAGCUCCUGAAGAGGUAGAAGGACCGGAUGGUUCUUCGCUCGACUCGAGAGAGCUCGAGUCCGGUGUCGAGGGCAGCGACAAGGAGCGUAUCCUCCGCACACUGGUCUCUCUGAAGACGCAGCUCUCCGACGCCAAGGCGACCAUCGCACAACAGUCACAAAGUGAAUCGGAGCGGGUCGCAGAGGCUGAUCGCGGUCGGAUCGCCGCCCUGCAGGAAGCGGCCUUCUUCCGCGCUAAGCUGCAUGCUCUCGAGAAGGGCGACGUCGGUGAGGCUGCUGCGUUGGACCGCGAGAGGGCUGCAAUGAGCGAGAAGCAGCUAUCGGAGGUCUUGCGUGAAUCGGCCGAGUUCGAGAGACAGAUUCAAUCGCUGAGAGAGGACGUCAAGUUGGAGCAGAGCCUUCGUCAAAGCGCCGAAGAGAGACUCUCGGAGACUGCAAAGCGGGCCAUGGCUGCCGAGGGUGCUCAGAUGAGGGCAUACGAUGAGCUUGCCAUGCUACAAAAGCGAACCUACGGCCAAGAGAGUCAGCUGCGAGAUCAUCAAGAGCAAGUGGCACAGCUGACGUCACUGGUUGCCGAGCACCAGUCCAGUCAUCAGCAAGUCCGCGCACAAUUGGAUGAGGCAAAUGAGUCCCUUCAGACGCACAGUACUGCUCUGCCUGCUCUCCAAGCCGCUCUAGCUGCUGCUGUCGCUCGCUCUUCGGAACACGAGAGGUUAUACACACAGCAUCGGGACGUUGCUGCUCAGCAUCAAGAUACCAUCAACCAGCUGCGUUCUGCCUUGGACAGCAAGACUGCGGAGGCCAACGCUCACAGCAGCCGUGCGGCUGAUCUCGAGGCAUUGGCCAACACUCACAAGAACGAGGCGGACUCGCAUCGAAGUGCUCUUACUGGUGGUCUGACCCAGCUUCUGGAUCUGCAGCAGCAGCGCUCCACUCGAGCGCUGCCAGAGGCGAUUCCUGACCAUGCCACAGAACGCAUUCAGUCGCUCGAGUCAGAAGCUGAGACGCUGAGGCAGCUUCACUUCCAGUCGCGCACUGCAACGGACGCUGCCAAUGCGGCUCUGCAGGACCUGCGAGACCGCAACUUGUCUCUUGAGAAGCAACAUACUGGCAUCCGUACUGAGCUGUCUGCUAUGAGGGGCCAGCUCGCUAUCGCUUUGCAGGAAGUCACGCGGCUCAAAGACCAGAGCAGUGCCAAGGAUAUGGACCUGCGAGACCUUUCACGAGGGCUCGAGGCUGCCCAACUGCGGGACAAUCUUCUUCGACGAUACAUUGCUGACCGUGGGGCAGAAGUCCCCGGUGACGAGGAGCUCAGCGCACAAGGCAACUUUGCAGACAAGCGGAUCCGCGAGCUCGAGGCUGAAGUCGACGCUAGGACCAAAGAGGCACGUGAUGCUGAGCAUCGUCUGCGCGAAGCUGCCAGCCGAGUCGAGGAGCUUCAGAGAGAUGCGGAUCACGGAGCAUCAUCUAGAGGUCUCUCUGGCGCGGCAGGCACUUCUUCGAGCGGCGCCAACUCUGAACAGCUGGAGCGCCGAGCUGUGGAAGCCGAGCAAGAGCUGGAGCGGACGACUGCCCUCCACAAGGAGCGCAUGGCUCAGCUGGAGAGCGACUAUCAGACUGCUGUGCAGUUCGUCAAGGGCACCGAGAAGAUGCUCCGUCGUAUGAAGGACGAGCUCACCAAGCUCAAGACCGAGAAUGCCUCUUUGCAGUCAGAGCUGGCCACUGCACGUUCUGGAGAUGGACCCGUUGGUGAGAGCGAAGCGGCCAAGGACAUCGAGGCUCUUCGUACGCGACUGGUGGACAUCACGAAGCAAGCGGAGGAGACUGCUGCUGAGAACCGCAAUUUGGAGAAGAGGCUCGCCAGCCUGAUCACCGACCAGAAGGACUUCCAUGACCGCUCACGACUGAGGGAGGACACGCAGGCCGACUCCAACUCCAGAAGGGCCGCAGAGCUCGAGAGUGAAGUGUCACGUCUGAGAAAGGAGGUA